AUGGCCAACGGCUAUGUUGUCAGUGACAGGGUGCAUUCUGAUCCGGAUCCAAUCCGAGUCCUUUGCGUGGGCGCUGGUGCCGGCGGCCUUUGUCUGGCAUACAAAAUGAAGCUCCAUAUGUCCAAUUAUGAAUUGGUCUGCUACGAAAAAAAUGACGAAGCUGGCGGCGUUUGGCAUGAAAAUCGAUAUCCCGGCUGUGCCUGCGACAUACCAGCCCAUGUUUACACGUACUCGUUUGAGCCGAAUCCAUCGUGGUCGACGUUCUAUGCAUACGCGCCCGAGAUCAAGAAGUAUUUCACGGACUUCCAAGCCAAGUACGGACUGCAGCAGUACAUCAAAUUCAAUUCUCGCGUCACCUCGGCGGCCUGGAACGAGGAGGAAGGGAAAUACCAUGUGGAAGUCGAAACACCCGAAGGACCAAAGCAGGAUUGGUGCCAUGUCUUGAUCAAUGGUUCCGGCAUUCUCAAUGACUGGAAAUGGCCAAACAUCCCGGGCCUGCACGACUUCAAGGGAACGCUGCUCCACAGCGCACACUGGGACGAGUCCGCCGUCUACAAAGGAAAGCGAGUUGCCGUCAUUGGAACGGGCUCGUCUGGAAUUCAGAUUGUGGCAAACAUCCAGCCCGAGGUGGAACACCUGGUCUCGUUCAUGCGGUCCCCUACCUGGAUCUCGCCCGCUGUUGCCCAGGAUGCCAAGGCAAGCCUCUCCCAGUCCGAAGGCGGGGAAGAGGCCGAGAAGAUCAAGAACCCAUUGGCAGCAAUGCAGUACCACUUCAAGGAAGAGAUCACGAAGUUCAAAGAGGACCCCAGCUUCCACCUCGAAUUCCGCAAGAAGAUGGAGAACGCGAUGAACAACUCGACAGACGUGUUUGUGGCGGGAUCGGAAAUGAACAACGCCGCCCGGAAGAUGAUGGAAGCCGAGAUGGAGAAGCGACUGGGCCCUGGAAAUGAGGAGCUGAAGCGGAAGCUCAUCCCGAAGUGGGCUCCAGGCUGUCGGCGUCUGACUCCGGGCGAUGGAUACCUCGAGGCUCUGGUGCAACCCAACGUCACGAGAGUCUUCAACGAAAUCGACCACGUCACCCCUGAAGGGCUUGUGACCGACGAUGGAACGCUGUACGAAGUCGAUGUCUUGAUUUGCGCGACGGGGUUCAACGUCGGAUUUACGCCGUCUUUCAAGCUGGAAGGAGUCGAUGGCAGGAUCAUCCAAGACGCGUGGGCCAAAGAACCCCAGUGCUAUCUCGGGCUAGCUGCUCCGCAAUUCCCAAACUACUUCACUAUCCUUGGUCCGCGAGGCCCGUGGGGGAACGGACCGCUUCUGCCUUCGAUCGAGACGCUGUGUGACUAUUUCGUCGAGGUGAUGCAGAAGAUGCAAAAGGAGCAAAUCCAGUCGCUCGUGGUCCGCGAAGAACCCACUACUUCAUUCAACGAGCACGUCGAUACGUGGAUGGCGAAGUCGGUGUGGAUGACCAAGUGUCGCUCAUGGUAUAAGAUGGGCACCAUUGACGGCAAGGCCUGGCUGUGGCCGGGAGGGACACUCUCAUAUCUCAAGACCAUCAAGCAGCCACGUUACGAAGACUAUCUCAUCAAAUACAAGAACCGAAACCAGUGGGCUUUCCUUGGAAACGGUAAAAUCGCUGCAGAAGUCCUCAACAUCACCGAACAAUUGGCUCCGUACAUCAGGAAUUCAGAUACGCCCUGGACUAUUUAA